CGGAGGGGCACCCACCACCUCCACCACCCCGCUUCCUCCUCCUCCUUCCGUCUAGGCCCGGUUGAGUCUCCCUCACGCCACUGCAACUGCGACCCUCCCACACUCCACUCUCCUCGCCUUCCUUCCUCCUCGUCGCCGUCUCCUACUAUAAAUCGAUCCCCGUCGUCUCCCUCCUCCUCCCCCCUCGACCACGCACGCAAAUGAAAGCGCUCCCCUCGAUUGGGCGGCACGUAACCCACCACCACCAAUACCCGGACCCAUCAAGCAAGCGCUGCGUCGUCCCCUGCAAAGACCGCGCAUUCCGUGCGUGCCGUGUCCACGCGCGCGCGCGCGCGGUGGCGUUAAGUUGUCGAGCGCCAGAGGAGGAGCGCCACUAGUCGUCGGUCGAUUUGACCCAGGCGAGGAGGCGUAGGCGUAGGCGUAGGCGCGUAGGGGAGUCUAGCUAGCUACUGGUGUUGGGUCGCUAGCUUCCGACGAUGGAGGUGAAGAAGGAGGGCGCGAAGGCGACGCUGCCGCCGGGGUUCAGGUUCCGGCCGACGGACGAGGAGCUGAUCGUGCACUACCUGCGGCGGCGCGCGCUGGCCUCGCCGCUGCCGGCCGCCGUCGACAUCCCGGACGUCCGCAUCCUGGCGCACGACCCGUCCGACCUGCUGCCCCCAGGGUUCGGCGAGCAGGAGCGCUACUUCUUCACGUGCAAGGAGGCCAAGUACGUGAAGGGCCGGCGCGCGAACCGCGCCACGGGGGCCGGGUACUGGAAGGCGACGGGCAAGGAGAAGCCGGUGGCCGUGGCGGUCCGGGGCGUGCAGGGGCAGGGCCAGGGCCAGGGCGUGCUGGUGGGCAUGAAGCGCUCGCUGGUGUUCUACCGCGGGAAGCCGCCGACGGGGAGCAAGACGGAGUGGGUGAUGCACGAGUACCGGCUGGCGGGCGCCGGGCUCGCGCCGUGCCGCCGCCGCCACGCCGACGCCGACGGAGACGGCGUGGCGCGGGCGCCGGCCGAGGGCUGGGUGCUGUGCCGCGUGUUCCGGAAGAAGGGCUCCGCCGCCGUCGCGAGGCGGCCCGGCGACCGCAGCGACGGCGAGGGCGACGAGAGCGCGGGCGGCGGUGGAGGAUGCGGCGGGCGCGGGUUCAUCGACUUCUUCGCGCGCGCGGACGCCGCCGGGCGAAGGCGCCGCGCUCCGUCGCCCGCCGUGUCGAGCCGGUGGCUUGCGGACGCGUCGCCCCAGCCGGAGCAGGAGGCCACCAGCAGAGGCCCGUGACGAGACAAGGGCCGGCCGGCUGGCUGGCGUGAAGCGAUCAAGCAAGGUAGAGAGAGAGAGAGAGGGAAGCUUUUGUUGCAUUGGCAGUACCUAAUGAGGGGAGGGUCCAGUACAGUAGGUAGGAGCAAAGUGAAUUCGUUUUAGCAACGUGAGAGAGAGAGGCCCGAUAGUCAGUGCAGUAUCAGUUGUUGAGCGUAGAUGGUGAAACUAAUGUAGCAGCUCAGUUGUACUCCUCCCAACCACCUGAUGAAUCCUACACAAUUGUAGAGUGUGGCUGCAGCAAAUCCCGGCCAUGGCACCGGAGCUCCUCCAGGAACGCAAGUCCACCAGCUGCUGCUGCUGCUUGCCAUGGCGGUGGCGGAUUGCUAGUGCUAAUGUUCCACAGGCUGUUGAUUGCUGAGAAGCAAGUGGCGGGGGUGGUGGCGGGCAGCAGACGGAAGAUGGCGGGUGUCUGAUACUGGUGGUGGUGGUAGUAGUCGUGCGUAAUCUGUUGCCUGGACUUGGACUUGGUUUCUUUAAUGCAAUUAUGAUGAUGAAGUGAA